AUGAACGAGACAUCCCUCAAAGUAGAGAGGCCGCAAAGCGAUGAUGAGGCCCGCCUAGCAGCUCUUGGCCAGGAGCAGGUUAUGGGACGCCACUUCAACGUCUGGUCCCUGAUAUUUCUCGCCUUUUGCACCAGUGUAACCUGGGAAGCGCUCACUUCGAUUAUGGCCCAGUCUCUUGUGGCCGGUGGCAGCUCCAGUCUCGUGUAG